AUGAAUUUCAGUCAACCUGGAAUGAGUGAACAUUCAGACUUCUGUUAUGAGUCUGUGAAUACAUCUUGCCCAAAGGUAACCUACCCAACAGCGAUACGGAUUCCACUUUAUAUUUUUUUCUUGACCAUCAUUGUAUUAACUAUGAGCGGAAACCUCCUUGUCAUCAUUUCCAUCGCUCAUUUCAAACAGCUGCACACUCCAACCAACUACCUCAUCCUCUCUCUGGCAGUGAUUGACUUCCUUCUGGCAGUAGUCAUCAUGCCGCCUAGCAUGGUGCGAACGAUUGAGACAUGCUGGUACUUUGGAGACACGUUCUGUAAAAUCCAUUUAAGUACUGAUAUCAUGCUGUGCACUGCAUCCAUUUUAAAUCUUUCUUUCAUUUCCAUUGAUCGAUAUUACGCAGUUUGCCAGCCCCUCCACUACAGGACUAAGAUCACCAGUGUUACUAUAGUGAUCAUGAUCCUGAUCAGUUGGAACCUGUCAUUCAUCUUUGGGUUUGGAAUGAUAUUUAUGAAUGUGAUCAUUUGGGGUGUCGAAGAUUUUAACUACAAUGACUUUCAUUGUUUUGGAAGCUGUUUUUUUUCUCAGACCAAGACAUCUGCAAUCAUAGCUUCAGUUCUAUCUUUUUACAUACCAGGGUUCAUUAUGAUCACUAUCUAUCAGAAAAUAUUCCACAUUGCCCUAAAGCAAGUCCGCUCAAUUCACAGCACUGCAUGUCAGCAGAUACAAACUGGAAACAGCACAUCUUCAAGCAACAAGGAGCGAAAGGCUACAAAGACUCUGGCCAUUGUUAUGGGGGUAUUCCUGUCAUGCUGGUCACCCUUUUUUGUGUGUAACCUAAUUGAUCCAAUCAUUAAUUAUUCUAUUCCACCUGUUUGGUUUGACGCAUUGUUCUGGGUUGGCUAUUUCAAUUCAACAUGCAAUCCUAUUGUUUAUGCUUUCUUUUACAGCUGGUUUAGGAAAGCCUUCAAAAUGACAAUUUAUGGUAAAAUAUUUCAAGCACAUUCCUCAAGAACAAAACUGUCCGCAGACUGAAAAGCUUGAAUAUAAUUUGUGCAACUGAAAUCUAAAUUAAAUUAUUCAAGCUGAGGGAGAUGCAGAAUUUACAGAAUCGUUUUACAAGUGAAAAACACAUUUUAUAAAUGUGCAAAAAAAAAAAAAAAAAUUAAGUCAUGAGUACAAAUAAAAUGUUACAUUUUGGGGCCUACCUGAGUAGAAUUCAGCAAAAGACCAGCAGCCUCAUUUGUAAAAUCAUCUCUCAAUCAAAUUGUAUCUUGAAUAGUGCCUUACACAGAAGACUAUGACUAAGCACGUAUUAACAAAAUCCCACUUUGACAUGAAUAUGAUUGUAUUUUUACAUUACAUUGAGCAUGGUAGCACUCAGUGUAUGUUUGCAUUGGUCACCCAUAUAAAACAGCAAUUUUUGAACCUCAGUAUCUCCACCAUUUCAAAACCAAUCUCAAUGUGAAAUCGAAAA